AUUUUAUGGCUGGUGCGAUUUAUACUCGGGUGCGAUUUAUACUCCUGAAAUUACGGUAAUCGGAUUGAGGAGUGUCUGUAAAAAAUAAAAACACACGGCAGUCUGCUUAGAAAAACAACUUCUAUUGUCACGCCAGGGCGCUGCCUUGUUGCCUUUCACGCAAGAAAGGAUCUUCUUGUGUGCCAAGACGUACUUGACUAAAACAUGUCUUUGUGUUGUGUCAUUCCACUGACUCACUGUUGUCCUCCUGGCACCGGCCGCCCGGACUCACCAUCCAAAGCUCUGCACGAGCUCGCCGGCUCCAGUUUACACAGUUUGAAAAAGUCUUUGAGCCGCGAGAGGCUUGCCGGAUGACGGCCGGAGUUAUGCGAUGGGGACGAGAGAUUAGGGCGCAUCACAAAGGCUCAUUCAGAACUUUGAGGGGAUUCUCGGGGAACAAGCUUUUUUUUUAAUUAGUGCACCUUUUCAUGACUGCAUUCCGUGUAACUUGCCAUUCUGUGCUUUCUCAUUCCGGGUCACAGAGGGAAAAGUGUCAACGUUUCAUGAGACGUCCACACACACACACAAAAGCCUUUGUAAAUAUUAUUCACAACACACACACGUUGAUGAAGGAGGUCAUUCUACCUGGGGAAGCAGAUACCUCCAGUCGUCAUCCAUCACGUUUGCGAGGUAAACCACUCCUGGGCGACGGCUCCGUGAGGCGCUUGUUGCCAUGGUAGCAAUAUGGUCAGCCAACAAGGCUGUGAAUCUUAUCUUCAUGUAGUGGCUGGCUCAUUUAUUUAUUUCACGGCAGAGAGGACAAACCAUUCAAAGAAAUUCCCACGAAUAGCGCAAUGCUGCCUCAAUGUACCGUAAUUUUCGGACUAUAAGUCGCACCGGAGUAUAAGUCGCACCAGCCGUAAAAUGCCCGAAAAAGUGAAAAAAAACAAUAUGUAUAUAAGUCGCUCCUGAGUAUAAGUCGCCCCCCCACCCAAACUAUGAAAAAACCCGCGACUUAUAGUCCGAAAAUUACGGUAUGAAUUUGAAAAAAUAGAUGCAAUUAUGAACCUUUUUGUGGUUUCUUUUGACUCCCUGAAAACAUACUAAUUUCAGCAACACAAGAGAAGGCGUGUUAACAUGUGCUUUAAUUCUCAUCUUUUAGAGGAAUGUGUUAUUAAGACAUGUGGGAGCCGUUUAGAAAUGGAGAUAAUAAGCAGAACAUGUUUCACUCGCUGCUAAUGAGAAGUCAGUUUGGCGUCCGCAUCCAUUUUGAAAACAGCGAGCUCAUUUUGGAAGCAUUCAUUUCUCUUUAUAUAUAGUUUCACACGCGUGCAAACUGCACCGCAAUUGUGUUCACCAGCAAAUGGGUGCUUUUAAAAAACACGUUUGAAGCGGCGGCGAAGCAGCUGGAAGACAUCACAAGGGACUGGGAGGCCAGCCAGUAAACAUAUGCCCGGGAUACGCUUUAUAUGUCAAGUCCAAUUCAGUUUGUGUGCGUGUCUUGCUGUUGUUGAGGCCACACUUGUUGAACAGCUUGUAAUGACACUGCUUUGCCACAAGGUGGCAGAGCUGUGCAGAUUGCCUUUGACACAUUGAGAGGAGCUGACUUGAAAUAAGAUCUACGUCUAGCAGUCGUGUACAAGGUCAUUUGAGUUCAUCCACAAUAAUGGUUAUUAUUUUGCAGCGGAUGUCAUUAACCCGGGCAGGUUUAACGGCCGCGCAUCCAAUCAAAGCCUUAAUGGCUUCUUCGUGUGGUCACCUUGGCGACCACUUUGCGUCACACGCAUGCCAUUAAUGUGCAUGCAGUGUGCUGGGCUUUUUGUAUCUGGGACACACACACACACUCAGAGGCUUAUGGUGGUGAAUGCGCAGCGUGUUUCGGGUGUGGUUGCGCUCCAUCAUGUCUCGCUCGAUGCCAGCCGUGGCUGAUUACUCGACAAACACAGGCAAGGGGGAAAAGCUGGAGUGAUGUCAUCUCACUCCUGUCACUCCUUAAGGGGGUAAACAUCCAAAAAGCAGAAACUGAGACUUCAUCUCCGAAGAGCCUGGAGCAAUAAAAAGGGUGGAGGGGCUUAUAAAUUCUUCACUGAGACACAGAGCAGCUCCUCCACACCCACCUCCUCUCCUCACCCUGUAAAUCUUGUUUUUUAUGGGAGGCUUUUUAUCUACUGUCAGGGAUGAGACAUGAUCGGGAUGACCAUGAUUCGAUCCCUGCCGCACCGCCAUUUUGUUUUCCGAUGAGGAAUAUUCUGUUUCAUAACCCUCGCGAUGCGAUACGUCUUGGCCGGCCUAGUUCUGGAGAGCUGCUAUUGAUCGGCGCUGGUCUGGACAUUAUCGGUGACCCUGAGCAGAGAUUCUAGAAGUACUUCUGACUGUUGCCUACAACCAUUCGUUCACUUAGCUCCAAUUAUUGGGGAAACUAAUGCUUCACUGCCAUCUUGUGGCACCCAUACAGUGCCGGAACUAGACGAGGGGCUGCAAGGGCACUGCCCCCCCGGGCCCCCCUUAAAUGCUAAAUAAUUGCGGUCUUAUCAGAUUUUUCUGGGAUCUUUUUCCAUGAAGAACAUACAAUGAAUCAUCAGCAUUUUUUGACGAUAUAGUUUUGAGGUCCCCUUGGGAAAUGGAAUUACUGUACAUGCAUAAAACAAAACACAUUGACAGAACGUUAAAGGUUCCCAAUCAUGCAAAUGAGCACCCGUGAAAAUUGCUCUCUGACAACUCCAUUGAUGGCUCCAAGCUCCCUAGCAACGGAUGUAAAUCAUCUGGUGAGCUACGCGACGGCACAGUCAGCUGUGUUUGCUCCACUUUGGAGCGGCGGAGAAUGGGAGGGGCACUUGCCUAUCUGCACACACACACACACGCGCACACACUUCAUAGUGGAUGCUGCCGGCUCUGUCUCGAGCAGCCGGAUUUGGAGUGCUCCUGGAUCAUGCUCAUCGGUCAGCACUGAUUCAGCAACAACCAGGGCAGGGGGACCAUGGACAUAGCGGAUACAGUUUAGUGGAGGGGGCUUAGGGGAGUGCCCCCCAAAAAUGGGGAACGGCAUCCACAAACGAGUGCAGACGGAGAAAAAGCCCCCUGGACUCUGGGAGAAACCAAAAGGCUUCUGGCUGAUUGGACGAACAGACAAACUAAAGACAGCUGGGACCAAGAACAACGAUGAGCAAAAGAAGUUGGGAGCGCACUACUCGGCCUCGCAACACUUCCAGGAGAAUGUUUUCAUCGAGGCCGAUCGACCUCAGUACCUGGAGGACUUGCACUCGGAGGCUCGGGAGGGCUUGAAAAUAUUACAGCAGGAAGGUCAUCAGCAAGAGCACGACAGCGGAGGAAACUUUGGCGAAGACGAAAGCUGCGCUUCGUCAGACACAGGACACCCAGAUGAUGAUCUUCACUCCAAAGACGAGAGUGGCUCUCUGGAGUCCAACUCAGGGAUUAACGAUACCGCAAGAACUUCCAGACCUGUUCUCACCCGCCAAAGUUCUACAUUCAAGCCCCUGUAUUCAGUCAAAAGGUUCGAAAAGAACAGGAAGAGGAACAGAAGGACUACCAUUAUGGGGAUACCCAACCAAGUCCAGAAAGAACUUGCAUUGCACAGAUGCUCAACCACUCAGCAACCCAAUAACAACAACCAAUCGGGUUCUUUGAUCAUUCCAACUCUUGAUGGAGGGACUCCAGUGACAACCAAGGAAGGAGCAAGGGUGCACCUAUCCGAGCUGGAAAUCACUGAUGAUAAGCAUCUUCAAGAAGUGUCCAAGAACAAUGACCAACAGAGUUUUGGAAGCCCUCGCUGUCGUUCUUCAGUCAUCAGGCCCAAGUCCGUUGCAGUACCUGGACUGACCACCUUCAAUCCUUUAAUGAGCUUCCUCUCAGAACCCCAGGGUCCCGUGAUGUCCGUAUCUCCUCAGGCGACCUAUCUCUCCACAAUCAUCCCAAACGCGGUGCUGCCAGCUGGCAUUGAAGUCAUCGAGAUUGAGCGUGGCAGUGUCAAGAGUGCUCACGCAGUAAACAGAAACAGCCCGGCGGCUUCCGUGACCUUGUCAGCCAGCCCUUUUCUCUCCAGAAAAUCAGAUUGUGACAGUUCCCGCGCAGAUAGUUCCUUCAAUAAUCCAACGACACACAAAGCGCAUCUCAAUACGGAGGAAAGUCGGGUGAACCCGACAGGGGACCGAGAACUCUGCGUCCAGACUUUGACCCCAGACUCUGAACCCGUCAUGUCAUGUUCCAGUAGAGAUGAGGCAAAGAUCAAACGGAAUUCAACUCGGAGUCUCUCCGUUAUCAAGACCAAGCUGCCCCCGGCACCUCCGCGAAGAUCAAAUUCGCUUUAUUUGACUAAGAUUCAAAAGAGUCAAGCAGAAGGUAAAGAUACAAAAGUAUCAAGUGAGGAAUUACAAUCAGUCACAAGCAACAUUCCGGAUCCUGUCUCAACCUGUCUGGCAGAACCCAAGUCCCAGUCUUCAAACCCCAGUCAGGAUUCUGCUUGCGAAGCAAAAUCCGCUCAGGAGUCUGUCUCGGGAUUCAAAAAUCCAUCAGAAGGCGAGAAAUUUGAACGGACCAUUUCGCCUUCCAGUGGCUACUCCAGUCAAAGUGGCACCCCGACGCUUUCCCCCAAAGACAUGGCCCCAGAUAAACACAAGAUCAAACCGCUUAAGCCGGAGAGAUCUGCGUCUCGGGCGUCAUCCUCGGCGUCUCCUUCUUCAUCACUGACCUCCUUAUCGUCCGGGACGUCCGAUCCUGUCAAUUCGGAUGUCUCCAAUUCUUGCACAAGCGGCUUGCCCGCAAAAGAACUCACGGCACCUUUGAGGUUGGAAGUCAAAGAGCUAUGGACUGUCCCGCCACCUCCCAAGGUCAAAGCACCGUGUCCUCCUCCCCCCGAAACCUGGGCUCAGAACAGUCACACCUUGGCGCUCCUGUGUGGUCCGAGCCCCCAAACUGACAAAGUAGUCCCGGAAACAACAAAGGCGCAGGAGAGCGCCGUUACAGAAGAAGGAAGCCAAACCGGUUUUGAAACUCGAGACAAAGCAGAACCGACAGACAUCAAUCCAAAGGACGAGAAACUGUUCUGCGAGAUUCAGACUCAUCAGGUUGAAGAAAAUACGGAAUGUUUAGCUCGCUUAGCAUGUUUAUCUGAUGAUGGGAUCGAAACGACACCAAAAGAACAAGGCCUGGGAACCAACGACUCCGCCAGUUGUGUGAUUUCCGCAAAAAAAGAGCCAGCCCCUGUCAUGAAGAAACCACAACUGAAAGAAGACGUCAUGUUGACGGAGGAACCAAAAGGAGAAAGUUGCCACACCACCACCAUCAAUGACUCUGAGGUUGAAGUCCAAUCAAAUUGUAUAGAACCCCAAAACAUUCCUAAAAACUCCCCGCCACCUUCUCCUCCGCCUCCUUAUCAACCUACGCCGCCUCGUUCGAGAAAGUCACCUCCCGCCUCGGUAUCGACAUUGCCGGUUGAGUUAGAAGGAAUCCAGGAGGAAGGUCGUGCUGCUGAGUCAUCUUGGCCGCCUCCCCCGCCUCCCUUGGAGGGAGAAUCGGUUUUUGAUGGCGGGGAUGAGAUCGAAUUUCCUCUCCCGCCUCCACCGGACAAUAUUCAAGCUGAGGACGCCUGUGUUUCAGACACACCUUUGGAGAAAUCUGAACCAGGACAAUCCACACCCCCAGAUCAAGUUCAAGACCCUGGACCUGCUGGACCAUCACCAACAUCAUGUUCAAGCAACAGUCCUGCAGAAAUCCAACCGUCUUCCGCCAGUGUCCUAAAGCGACACUCGCUUGAGAUGGAAAGUCACUCCAGGAGUGAGUCUCCCACCACUUCCCAGCUCCCGACUCCUUCCCCAAUGGAGAACCUUGCCUUCAGAAGGCCACCCAGUACCGCCCACAGAGACACCAGGAACAAGGAGCUUUUAGCCCGCCACAAAAGCGCGCCCAUUCCUAAAGAGGACGCCAACAUCCCUCUCGUCACCCCGUCGCUACUCCACAUGGUCCGACUACGCACUGUCAGUACGAGCGAGGAGAGUCCGGAUGGCUCUCCGCAGCAGAACACUCCCCCGAAACCAACUCGGAAGUCGCUUCAAUGUUCCCCUCAGCCGGCGAAGAAGUACGUGACGCCAAACACGCCUUCCAUGCGAUUACAAGAAGCCAUUCGUAUAAAAACGGCGGCGUUGUCGUCAAGGGAAGGUCUUCCGUGCCGGCUGGGGACGAGAGCGUCCUACCACUGUGCCGGGGAACCGGGGGUCUUGUCCUUCAAAUCAUCCGACACACAAAGGUUACCGGCUUCUACAGCGAGUUUCAUCUUCUCCAGGAGCACAAAGAAGACUGUGAUGGACAGCGCCAGGCCUGGCUCUUCGCCUGAAGGUCAAACUAACGUGAAGCAAAAUUCGGCAGCUGAUCUCGUGCGACUUUCCGACCCCGGGACCAAGUCCGAACGGGUUCCCCCGCCCGUAGCCAGGAAACCUUCACAAGGCAGCGUCGGGUUUUCACAAAAUGCUCCUGCAGCUAGGAUGGAGAUGGGCGUUCCUGCCAGAGAUCCGAUGGGAGCACAACAACGUUCCAAGGGAAUCCCGCUUCCCGAGACAACUACAAGAGUGACCGCAGACACAAUUGAAACACUGUUUUAAAAGCACUUUGUGGUGCUUCGCCAAGAAGGAAGCCAAGUCAACGACUGCAUCAAUUAUUAGCUAACGAGUUGAGUGGACUGAAAAAAAAAAGCCUUAGCCUAAAAUGGCCUUCCAAAUGUAUUUAUGCAAAUCAAUAGCGACCAAUUUCUUAUGAUAGCUUUAUUCUGGAGUAUUUUUCUAAGCUGUUUUCGGACUAUAGCCCACUCAUGAGAAACUGGUGUAAAUAUGGGCUGAAGUGUAAAUACUAUGUGAGGGCGCCCCUAGCGGUUGGAUUAGGGAGUGUACAGAGAUUUAGCCUGACACAUAAUUUAACACACAUUAACAUGAAUCAAAGUUAUUGCUUGGGGAAGCGUGUCGAAAUAAAUAAUUCAGUUGCGACAAAGGGAAAAAGCAUCGAUAAACAUGAUUUUUUAAAAAAAAAAAAAAAAGGUUAUUUAGAAGAGAAGCACUUUUGUACAGCGACAGAUGAUUACCAUCAUUUCUCCCUGGUCUGCAAUAAAAGACAAUUUGACAUAAAUGUAUGAAA